AUGGUGUCACCCUACACCUUACCGCUGUUCCUCGUGCUCUCUUCAUAUACCCAGCUCGUUACAGGCCAGGCUGCCGCCGCCGCGGCCUACGCUCCCGUCGUGACAACAUGCCCUACCACACCGCUCGUCCGCAACGCAGGAACAGGCAGCUCCCAGGCUCUAAGUCCUUCCGAAUCUGUAUACAUUUCCUCCCGUCAGUCAUUGAUCCUACCUGGCGCCUGGGAAGCCUACCUCUCCAACGUCCAGGCCAGUCUUCCGGGACAGAACGCUACGUCCCUUCCCCAAUACGUCUCUGAUAUUCUCAGCGGCGCAUCGAAUACCUCAGGCUAUCCGACGCUCGGCAUCGCAACCAGUGGCGGAGGUUACCGCGCUGCCAUCGUCGGUGCGGGAAUCCUCAACGCCCUCGAUGGGCGAAACGCAUCCUCAGCUGCUGUCGGUACUGGCGGCGUACUUCAGGCGGCUUCGUAUCUUGCCGGACUGUCCGGCGGCUCAUGGCUCGUUACCUCGCUCGCCCAAGCAGACUUCCCAACAAUCCCCGACCUUGUCUUUGGCUCGCCUCAAGUGAGGGGGGUAGGCGACUUUGGUGGUUGGCUGGCGAACAUCAGUCUCGAGAUACCAACCAAUGACACGCUCAUCGAUCUUGCGUACACCUCUGACCUCUUGACGGAAGUGUCUGGCAAGCUUCUUGCAGGUUUCCCUGUCAGUUUCACGGACAUCUGGGCGCGCGUUCUCUCGAGACAUUUUGUGAAUGGCACCAGUGCCGCAGCAUUCUUUGACUCAUCGCUCGAGCAUGGUGCUGGGAUAACGUUCUCUUCCAUCGCGAAUGUUUCCACAUUUAGGUCCUUCCUGCAGCCGUUCCCUAUUAUCACGGCUGAUACAUUAUCUCCGUACGAGAACACGUCCACGUACUUUGACGGUAUCGACAUAUUCGUCCCUCUCACGAACCCUAUCUAUGAGUUCAACGUCUAUGAAAUGGGAUCGUUUGACCCAACGCUCGCGGCAUUCACUCCAAUGCAAUACCUUGGUUCGACAAACGAGUUGUUCUGUGUGACGGGUUUCGAUCAAGCCUCAUUCAUGAUGGCGACCUCUGCAAGCAUCUUCAACACAUUCAAUCUCACGGUUCGCUCUCACGUUGUUUGCAAUUCGUCCCUCAUUGAGGAUUUCAUAUCACUUGUCGAGGCACACGACCAAAACGGCACGCUCUUAGAAUUUAUCGACACAGCACGUGUCCCGAACCCAUUCCAAGGCGUUGCGAAGGAGACGUUUAUCGAUACCAAUGCGACAGUGCUCACGCUGGUCGACGGCGGAGAAGAUGGCCUUAGCGUCCCGCUCACACCGCUGCUUGCCAAGGCACGGGGACUUGACGUGCUCAUCGCGAUUGACGUGGAUGCGGACACCUCAGAUGGCUGGGCUGCGGGCUCUACUCUUGUGGCCACUCAACAGCGCAGCUCGUAUUACCCUUCGGCGUAUCCCUUCCCGCAUGUACCCGCCUCCACGGACAUAUUCCUCGCGGAGGGCCUUGCGCUACACCCGACGUUCUUCGGCUGCAACGACUCGUCUACGCCAUUCCUGAUCUACUUCGCCAACGGCGGCCCGCCGCUCGGCCAGGCGCCGCUGACAAACACGUCCGCAGACCAGGUCGUGUACGCCGCCGACGAGAUCGACGGGAUGCUCUCACAGGCGUUUGACAUCGCGACGCAAGGCAUCCCGCUGGAGGUCAAUGGGGCACCGGUGAAGGACCUGGAGUGGCCGGCGUGUCUCGCGUGCGCGCUCGUCGAUCGUGCCAGGAGCAGAGCGGAGAUCGAGAGGGCUGGAGUAUGUGUGACCUGUAUGGAGAGGUACUGCUGGAGUUAG